ACCCCGCAUUCACUAUAUCCGCUCUCCCCGGACCCCGCAUUCACUAUAUCCGCUCUCCCCGGACCCCGCAUUCACUAUAUCCGCUCUCCCCGGACCCCGCAUUCCCUAUAUCCGCUCUCCCCGGACCCCGCAUUCACUAUAUCCGCUCUCCCCGGACCCCGCAUUCACUAUAUCCGCUCUCCCCGGACCCCGCAUUCACUAUAUCCGCUCUCCCCGGACCCCGCAUUCACUAUAUCCGCUCCCCCCGGACCCCGCAUUCACUAUAUCCGCUCUCCCCGGACCCCGCAUUCACUAUAUCCGCUCUCCCCGGACCCCGCAUUCACUAUAUCCGCUCUCCCCGGACCCCGCAUUCACUAUAUCCGCUCUCCCCGGACCCCGCAUUCACUAUAUCCGCUCUCCCCGGACCCCGCAUUCACUAUAUCCGCUCCCCCCGGACCCCGCAUUCACUAUAUCCGCUCUCCCCGGACCCCGGAUUCACUAUAUCCGCUCUCCCGGACCCCGCAUUCACUAUAUCCGCUCUCCCCGGACCCCGCAUUCACUAUAUCCGCUUUCCCGGACCCCGCAUUCACUAUAUCCGCUCUCCCCGGACCCCGCAUUCACUAUAUCCGCUCUCCCCGGACCCCGCAUUCACUAUAUCCGCUCUCCUCGGACCCCGCAUUCACUAUAUCCGCUCUCCCCGGACCCCGCAUUCACUAUAUC